AUGGCACCUAGAUUCGCCACAGGAUGGAGAAGAUACGUGCCGUUUAUAGGCUACCACCAUGUUCUGAUGAUCUUCAUAGCGAUUGCAAUCAUUCUAUUAUCACUCCUUCUUGCAGGAUGUUCAUCAACCUCCCCUCUGAUACCCGACAUCUAUCUCAUCUCCCUGUACUACCAACAAUAUCCUCCGGUUUUCAGUGCGGUCCAGGUCGACCCGGGCGUGUCGACAGCCAUUGCCAACAUAGUAAACGACGCCGACCUUACUGUAAGAGUUGGAUACUUCGGCAUCUGUAUCAAAGCAGAUGGCGGAGCAUGGAUGUGCAACCAAAAUUCGACCGCGCUUGCAGAUCUGGUCAGCGUCGAUCAAGACCCUCUUAACCUGGUUUGGGUGGCCAGCACGUUCAAAAACGCCAUCGUUUUCCCCUACCUCCUUAUCAUUGCCAUCGUCCUCGCAUUCUUGACCUUCAUCCUCCUCGCAACCUUCCCGGGAUGGCACACGAGUACUGGACCGGAUGGCUCCGAACACGAAGUACGACCGUUCCCUUCAAGAGCUGUGUCACAGGUGGCGUUGGCAACCAUCUUCAUAGCAUCAGUGUUUGUGCUGGUGUCUGUGAUGUGGCAGCAUACAGCAGCUGUGGCUGCAACCAUAGUGACCAGGGAUCUCGGCAAUGGUAGUGUCAAGUCCGGGGUUGGGACGGCCGCGAUGGUCCUAGGGUGGUUCGGUUUUGGGCUCCUGGUGAUAGUAACGCUAGGCCUCCUGGUGAUGAUAUUGAGUAUACAGUUGUUGGACCGACUUACAGAUGAGGUAUGA